AUCGCCAUUCUCUUUUUCCCUUAUGAUAUAUCAGUUACGAAACAGAACUUUGUCUUGGAAACUCUCUCCUCCUGAUCCCUCUCUCUCAAAAUGCCCAUCGACAGUUGUUCAUUCAUCCCUAACGGCUCUGAUCAUCCUCAUCAGCCGCUAAAGCUCGUAAACAUGGUCCCGAUGUUCGAGAAGCCCCUGACCCCGAGUGAUGUGGGGAAGCUCAACCGCCUCGUUAUACCUAAACAGCAUGCAGAGAAAAACUUCCCUUUGGAGGGGAGGCCGGGAAGCGGAGACUCGGCCCUUCUGCUGAGCUUUGAGGAUGAGGAGGCAUCAGGGAGGUGGUGGCAGUUCCGAUAUUCCUACUGGAGCAGCAGCCAGAGCUACGUCCUUACCAAAGGGUGGAACCGCUACGUCAAGGAGAAGGGCCUCGGUGCUGGGGACAUAGUCUCCUUCGGGCGCCACUGUGCAGACUCGGGCCAUUGGUUCAUCGGAUGGAAAAGGGGGCAGCAGCAAAAUAAUGCUGGUGGCGGCAUCAGAGCGGCAGCAGCCGAGGUUGAGGAUAUAGCUUUAUCCAGCGGAGCGGCAGAGGAUAAUGCUGGCAUGGGUUGCCGUCCUUAUUUUGCACGCCGGCCGACUAAUCCUGAUCCCCGGCAAUUUAGUCAACCUUUUCCCGACGGUGAACAUCAUGCAGCUCGUGGUUCUGUUGACAACGCUGUUAGGGACAAUCGAACCACAGAGGUGGCAGGGAACUCGAGAAGGCUCAGGUUGUUCGGAGUGAAUUUGGAGUGCCAGCUCGAUCAUGGCUCCACACCGUCCACCAUAGAAACUUCACCAUUUUUGAGCCACAGUGCGACACACCACCAUCUCGACUCUGAUCAGUCGUAUUGGUCUUCGGACUGUCAAUUUUAUGGUAAUGUAAACAAACUGAUAUGAUAAAUUGACAAUGUCAUGUAAUCAUCUCGUUGCCGUGGUUCUACUUUUCCUUAUACAUAGAAUUUUGGACUUUUUUUUUUUGUGUGUCCGUAAGUUAUAUUUGAAUUGAAUCAAGCGAAAGAGGUGGGUAGGGUCAGGUGCCGGCCUAUAUGUUCUCU